AUAUUUUGAAAAUAAAAUAUAUAGUAUAAUUAAAAUAUUUCAGCCAAAAAAACUCUGUAUAAUAUAAUCCCUGUAAAUUAUCAUCAACGCCGCCACUUCGUCGUCACUCAGCACAAGUACCCGACUCGCUCUCGUUUUGUAUCAUCAUCAUCAUCAAUGGCUUCAGAAUCCAAAGAAUCUCCUUCCAACAAUCCAGGCCUUCACACUACUCCCGAUGAAGCCACUAAAAGUUACUUCAUGCAACAAACUAUGUUUCGGAUUAAGGACCCAAAAGUCAGUCUUGAUUUCUAUUCUCGCGUAUUGGGCAUGUCGUUACUUAAGAGGUUGGAUUUUCCAGAAAUGAAAUUUAGCUUGUAUUUUAUAGGAUAUGAGGACCCAACAUCAGCUCCCAGCAAUGCAGUUGAUCGUACAGUUUGGACAUUCAGUCAGAAGGCUACAAUUGAGCUCACACAUAAUUGGGGUACUGAGAGUGAUCCUGAUUUCAAAGGUUACCAUAAUGGGAACUCAGAACCUCGUGGCUUUGGACACAUAGGCAUUACUGUUGAUGACACAAUCAAGGCUUGCAAGAGAUUUGAACAUCUAGGGGUGGAGUUUGUGAAGAAGCCUGAUGAUGGGAAAAUGAAAGGGAUAGCAUUCAUUAAGGAUCCUGAUGGCUAUUGGAUUGAGAUUUUCGAUCUUAAAACAAUUGGAAGUACAACUUCUGGUGCUGCUUGACAUAGUGCUGAAUAUAUUUGAGGCCAUGCCAGCUGUUUUCCAUUAUCAUGUUAAAUAAUUGGUGUAUUUGUAGUCAAUUUGGUUGAUCGGUUAAAGAGUUACCCUAAAUACCAGUUUCUUAAUAUAUGUGGAGCCAAGACAAUUGGUGCUUAUUUGUACCCAUUGUAAACGGGUUGUCUGGUUGCAUUAGUUCAUAAGUGUAUGUAACAAUUAUGCCAACUUUGCUUAGAUCAAGUAUACCAUGGUUGAUUUGCUUACUUGUAGCAGGGGUUUCGACUUUUGCUGAGACUCAGAAAAUGAUAUUGUUACCAUA